AUGGCGCUGCUGGAAACCUUCAAGUACAAAAACUUUGUGGCUGCAGAGGACCUGGCAUCGUUCACUGACAGCAAGGGUGGCAACCUUCCGAGGUUCAAUGGAGAUCCAACGAAGCUGAUGGAAUAUUCUUGGCGAGUGAGGGCCAGGAUAGCCAGAGAACAGUUGCUGCCUGAAGAUGAGCGCAAGAAAUGCGGACCUCUUGGACUUCGCCUUGCAGAGCACUUGUCCGGUCCUGCCUUGCGCGUUGCUCAGUUGAUGUCAACCUCAGACCUAGCUGCAGAAAAAGGUGCUGAAACGUUGUUGAAGAAACUUGGUGAGAGUCUGAAACCUAGAAGGAUUCAAGAAGCACGUGAGUUGUACCAAGCAGGAGCACAACCUGGAGGUGUUUUGUCCAGGCAACCACAAGAACCCAUGGCCACAUACCUUGUCAGGCGUCAAGCAUGGCACAGUGCUAUGAUUGAUUUGAACAGUGACUUGAAGUUGCCAGACUUGAUACUGGCUGAACAAACCCUGACAAACGCAGGUAUUUCAGAGAGUAUGCAACUCUUGAUCAGGUCUGCCAUAGGUGGUGACAUGACUCUUGAAAAGGUGAGCACUGAGCUGAUCGCCCAGCAUGCUCGCAUCCAUGAACGUGAACAUGGAGCUUCGCACCACCAUGGCUACAUGGCUGAAGAGACCUACGACUGGGAGACUGCCGAGGCCUAUCAGGCUGAGAAUGACAACUAUGGUGACGGCUAUGAUGAAGCCGACUAUGACCAUGGACAUGAAGAUGAACCAGUUGAUGAAGGCCAACUUCUGGCCAUGCUGGCUGAUGAUGGACUCGACCUUGGAUGUGAAGAGUCAAUGGAGUAUGCAGCUGAUGUGAUUCAAGCUGACCUUGAAGCCUUCUACGCACGAGGCCGUGCUGUGCAGAAGGGCAUCAAGGGCUUCAAGGGGAAAGGCAAGGGCAAGGGCGGCACACGUCACUUUGACGUCUCUGGCCAGCUCUCCUUGUCUGAACGCCAGCAGAAGUUACAGUUGCUCAAGGCCAAGACCUCUUGUCGUCGAUGUGGACAAGUUGGCCACUGGAGUGGCGACCCUGCAUGCCCCAAGGGCAAGGGCAAGUCCAAGACCUUUGCCACCACUUCGACACCAGACAAAGGAGACGGCAAGAACAAGCACAAGCCUCGCACUGUCUACUUUGCAGUGCAUGAUGAUGGUGGAUCUUCUGGACUUCAUGGAUUCAUGGCACAGAAGUACAACGCUGUGCCACCACCAUCCAGUCUCCAAGAAGGUCAAUAUGUUGACAACCCUACUGCACGUGGACUUCCUGCAGCGCAUGGACUUCCAGCUGCUCGUGCACAAGGUUCUGAUGAUGUUCCUGCUCAAUAUGCUGUGGUUCCAAGUUUGCAGAAUGAUGUUAGCGAUGGAAGCGUGCUCACAACUGAAGAGCUUGACAACAUGAUGCUGGUCAACGCUCUUGGAGUGGCUGAGACCCGAGAUGAUGGCAGAGUGGUCUAUGAGAUGCCAUCUGAACUUGCGGAAUAUGGACUUCCACGUGAUCUCCAAGGUCUCUCUGGACUUUUCCGAGACCUUCCACGUCUUCCUGAACGACUUGAGAUCACCGACUUUGAUCAUGCCGCAAGAUCUUCACAGCCUGUGACUCCAGAACGGCCACCACCUGUUGCUCAGGUACCUCAAGCUGCAGCACAACAACUCCCUGCUGAACUUCCAGCGCCUGCACCUGCCAAAGCGGCAUCAUCAGCCGCAGUGUGCCGGCAUGUCAAUGUCACGACACGUGGCAGCAAUGGAUACUACCACAUCAAGAAGUGCCUUGACUGUGGCGUUACGUUGUCCAGGGAGCCCAAGAUGCCAACCACUGCUACCUCAACUCCGCCGAAUGCACCAGAUCCUGCAGGUGGCACAUGCACACACAGAAAUGUCACCUGGCAUGGAACUAAUGGCUAUCGAUGGCGACGCACAUGUCGCGACUGUGGUGAAGUUCGCACUGGACCUGUUGGCACCCAACCUGCUAGCUCAACAACAAGGACCAAUGCCAGAGCUUCCUCUUCUUCUGUGGUGAUGCCGGGAACUGUGGAGCAGAUCUUGACCGUGGAUCAACUUCCCCGUCUUCGACAGAUGUUGGACUUUGCACUGCGCACCAAGGAGACGCAUUCCCAAGCCGGUCACGAGAUCGCAUCCACUGAACUUCACAUGCUGCUGGACUACGCGAUUGGCGUUUCUAGCAUGGAUGCAGCUCUACCAGUUUCCGAGUACCAGACUCCCAGAAGAUCAACAACGUACUCUCAGCACUCUGCAACACCGAAGUCAAGAGCGAGUGCAUCAACACUUGGUCCAGCUGAACACCUUGAUGACAUGGGCCAGAGGAUUGUCAACUUUGGCAAAUUCAAGAACCAGACCUACUACCAGGCUUGGUGUGAUUUGGACUAUGUUGAAUGGGCUCUCCAAGAAGAACAAAAUGUUCUCCGAAGUGGCAAGACUAUGAGUUCUGGACUUCGACAUCUGUGCCACUACUUCAAGGAGAUGCGUCGCAGCUCAUCCUCAGCCUCUGCACCAGCUGUUGGACUUAUGGCGGUGACAGAGCCUUCCUCUCAACUUGGCAGUGAGGAUGAUUUGAUUGCCAUCCUUGACACCGGAUGCAAUGCGACGUGCCAUGGAAGCCAAUGGUAUGACCGCUUCAUCAAGGCCACUGGAGCUCCUGAAGCACACCUUGACAACAUCGAGGGCUCCAACAUGCGUGGCAUUGGUGGCAACAUGAAAGUCAGCGGACGUCGGCUUUUGGAAGUUUGCUUUGAGUUGGCCGACAGCACCUUUGCCCGCGGUACUAUGCCUUCCUUGGAACUUCAAGGAUCCCAAGCACCCUUGCUGCUGAGCCUUGAGACUCAACGUCAGCUUGGCUUCAAGAUCGACAUUCCCAACCAUGUCGUCUACAGCAGCACUCUUGGCAGUGAAUUGAAACUUGUGCAGCGUGAUGGACUUUUAGCAAUUCGACUGAUUCCAAGCUACCUUGGAUUGAGCUGCACACAUGAAUCUGGUGACUCUGGUGAACAACAACUUCAUGGAAAAGAUGCUCAUGGCGAUCACCAGAACACCACACCAGAAGUUGAAGAAGAAGAUGAACUUCCACUCACCCCAGAAGUUCACUUGCCCGUCGAUGAGCUUUCCAAGACCGUCCUCACCAAGGGUCAGAAGAAACAGCUCAAGGAUACUAUCCAAGAUGUCAAGGAGACUGACAAUCACAUGUGGGACUGCCUACGUGCCACACACCAUCUUGGAUUUCGACGGCGCACUCUCCCGAAGGGAUGCAAGACCUUUCUGCUAGAGAUUUUUGCUGGAGCUGCUCUUCUCAGCAUGAUUGCGGCAGAUUGUGGUCUACCUGUUUCACAACCUGUUGAUGUCACUCAUGACGGCAUCGACCUCAAAAUUCAUCAGCAUCGUGCCCAAGUUGAACGGCAGAUAGAGGCGGACGACCCCUACUGCAUCAGCUUUUCUCCGGUCUGUGGACCGUGGUCACCUUGGCAGUUUGUCAAUGCCAGCCGUGACCCCAGUUUUGCCGAACAUCUCCAUGAUGUUAGAAUGGAAUGGAGGCCUGUGAUCAAGUGGAUCGUGAAGAUCAUACGACAGAGAUUGUCGAGAGGGCGGCAAGUUGUUUUUGAACAACCAUGGCCUUCGCAGAUGUGGAAUUUACUCUGCGUGCAAAUGCUCUUGCAAGAUGCCCCUACUGAUGCAGUGAGCGGCGAGCACCUGGAAGCUGUGCGGUGCGAUCAAUGCAUGUUUGGACUUGCCGAUGAGCAGAACUACAUGCCUCACAAGAAGCCCACUGGAAUCAUGACGGCAUCCGCCGGAGUCAAGCAGUGCCUCAACGUCACCUGCGAUGGCUCACACCAUCACCAACGGCUGGAAGGAUCGAGCCGAACUCACAAGGCUCAACACUGGCCUUUGGACUUUUGCAAGGCCAUCCUGAGUGGACUUCUUCAGGAUUUGGAGACCAACAUGACCAAGGUCGCCUUCCCAGCCGAAGCUGUCGUGGAAGACAACCCACUGGGCAGUCUUGACAUGAUCUAUGAACCAUCUGAUAUGGCUCUAGAGUCCGAUGGUAAGCACAGAGCUGAUGAACAAGAACUACAACUGGAAGAACACCGUGAAGAAUCAGCUGAAGCUGUCGCUGCCCAAGAUGCCAUCAGAAAACAAGAAUGGCUGAAGUUGCCAUAUGCCCAGCGAGUUGCUGUCAGACGUCUCCAUCAGAUGACUGGACACGCAAGCACUUCAGCGAUGGGCAGAAUGCUGCGAGUUGCAAGAGCAUCACCUGAAGUUCUCCACAAGUUGAAGUUUUUCAAGUGCGAGGCCUGCCAACAGACCAAACGUCCUGAGCCUCGCCCUGUUGUCCGGCCUCCCAAUCCAUACACCUUCAACCAUGAGAUCUCUGCCGAUUGCCUAGAAGUGAGAGACGCCAUUGGAAACCGCUACACUGUCUUCAGUGUGAUUUGCUUGGGAACCCUCUAUCACUGUGCCUGGAUUGUUUCUGAUCAAGGCGGCACACCUAGCAGCUUGAAAUGUGCCGAAGCCCUACGGGAUGGAUGGCUCACCAUCUUUGGUGCACCGAGGUUCCUGACUGUCGACAGAGGAGUGGCAAACCGUGGACGUCUUGCAGAGCUUGUCAACUCCCAAGGCAUCUACUUGCGUUUUGCAGGAAAAGAAGCUGCACAUCAAAUCGGCAGAUGUGAACGACAUGGAGGCAUCCUCAAGGAGAUGGUUUCUCAUGCUGUCCAAUCUCGCAAUGUAGUUGGAGGACAGCACAUACGCAUGGUGGUUAGUGAAUGCUGCUUUGUCAAGAACAACAGGAUCAACAACGGAGGUUUUUCUCCAAGUCAAUGGGUGUUGGGAAGGAUGCCAGUGGAGAUCUGCUCAUUGACCACUGAACAAGGUCAAGAAGAACUUGGAGUACAUGAAGAGAUUCUCACUGGCGAGAACCAAUUUGCCCAGCAGCUCAACAUCCGCCAAGCAGCCAAGGAGUCAUUUGCACAUGUGGACUCCAGUCAGAAAGUGCGAACUGCACUGAUGCGGAGAUCAACACCUCUCCGUGGACCAUACCAUCCUGGUGAUCUCCUGUGCUUUCACCGAGAAGGAAGAUGGUAUGGGCCUGCACGUAUGAUUGGACGUGAAGGUCGCUCCAACCUUUGGCUGAUCCAUGGCGGCAUCCCCAUCGUCAUUGCUGAGGAGAAGGUGAGACCAGCCUUAGCUGGUGAAGUCAUUGCCAAGCAGCUCACCGAGCUCAAACCUCAACGCAAACGCAAGCGACAAGUCUUGCAAGACGAUGUGGGAGAAGAUGAAGUUCCAUUUGGAGAUGAUCUUGAUCCAUCUGUUGGAAUUGGAGAUGAAGACGACCAAGGAUCCUUCUUCCAUCUUGGUCGUGGCGGUGGAGAACAACAACAAGCUGAAGAAACUCCUGUGAUUCCUGCUCUCUCUCAACCUGAUGUUCAACCUCAACAACCUGAACCUGAGGAGCAGAUUCCUUAUCCUGAUGUCACUGGUGGAGAAAUUCUGGUGGACUUGGACUCCAAUGGGAUGGAUUCUCAGCCACCUGGACUUGUGGCUCCAUCCAUGUCGCAACAUCCUCCUGGAUUUGAGGAAGAUCCCUUGUUGCGACCGCCACCUGGACUUGUGGCUCAGUCACCUGGACUUGUGACACCACCAGUUCCACCUCCACUGGAAUUCAAUGACAUGGAUGAAUUCAUGCAGGAGUCCUACACUCCAACAUCGCCAAUUCCAACUCCCGAUGGUCCAGCCCGUGAUCGACUUCUCACGGAAUUGGAACCUGAUCAAGAGAUGGUGCCACCAACUCCAGCGCCACCAACUCCUGAAGGAGCUCAUCGAGUUUCAGAACUUCAAGAAGCCAUGCGACGAUCAGUCAACCGACUUGAUGGACAUCCACGCCGAAACAGAUCACGCUCUCCGAGAGCCAACAAUACUCCUCCUACUGCCAUGUUCUGCACUCAGAACUCCAAACAGAAACAGCAAGCUGAAUCAUUUUCUGGUUUCCUUGCCCGCAGAACUCCAAAGAAAGUAGUCAAGAAGAAGAAGGGCAACAAGGAAUUGAACUAUGGAAAGUCUGAUGAUGCGCUCCGUCAAAAGAUUGACCAAGCACGAGCAAGGGAAUGGCAGAAUUGGUCCAACUUUGAUGCAUGUGAUGUCAUUCCGCCAGACAAGGCAAAAGACUUCUUAGAUGCUCACCCUGAUGCACAAGUUCUCCCAACACGUUGGGUUGAUGUUGACAAGAGCGAUGGUGGUGAAGAAGCCUUUCUGAAGUCAAGGCUAGUGGUGCGUGGUGAUUUGGAAAAGGACAAUGAGUACCGCACCGAUUCACCAACUGCCAGCCACCUCAUGCUGAGUUUGAUUUUGAGUUUCUGUGCCUGCUUCAAUCUCAAUCUCCAUUGCGGAGAUAUCACUGCUGCAUUUCUCCAAGGGUUUGGUCUGGCCAGAGUGCUCAUCCUGAGCAUGCCCUGGGAUGGAAUCCCUGGACUUCCAAAGGGUUCCUUGCUCCGAGCCAAGAAACCAGUCUAUGGAACAAGAGAUGCGCCACGUGGAUUUUGGCGAGCCUUACACCGAACUCUCCUCCAAGCUGGCUUCCGAGCUGUCCCUCAUGAACUAGGUGCAUAUGUGAUGAACAAGCCGAAUGGCGAAAUUGAUGGUUUGCUUGUUUGUCAUGUUGAUGAUUUGCUUUGGUGUGGUGGUGAAGCCACACAGAAAGCGAUGGAAGUUGUUCAGCAGAAGUUGAAGUUUGGAAAAGUGGAAGAAUCCGAGUUCAAGUAUUGCGGUCGUGUGAUAAAACAAACUGAGAAAGGCAUCGUUGUGACAUGCCCUCAUGGACUUGAAAAGACCAGGCCAAUUCAACUGAGCACUGGUCGGAAACGUGACCGCAUGUCUCCAGCCACCACCGAAGAGCAAGCGCAACUUCGGAGUGUUGUUGGAUCAUUGAACUGGAUAGUCAGAGUUUGCAGACCAGAUUUAGCAUACGAUACCAAUCACUUGCAAACAUGUGUUCAAUGUCCUGUGGUUCAAGAUUUAGUUGAAGCCAAUGCCUUGCUACGUCGUGCCCAAAUGACGCGCGACCAGGAACUUGUCUAUGGAUGGAAUCAAUUCGAUUUCAACAAGCUGGAGAUCAUUUCUGUGACUGAUGCGAGUCAUGCUGCUGAUUUCGAUGUGGACAAGAAUGGCAACAAAAUGGGUUUCAGAUCUCAGUCUGGACGCGUGCUGCUGAUUGGUGGACCAGAAGUGAUGAAAGAUGGAAAAGGGCCAGUUCACCUUUUGAGCUGGAAGAGCCAAGUGAUCCGCCGAGUUUGCAGAUCAACACUUCAAGCUGAAAGUCUGAGCAUGUUGUCAGGCUACGAAGAGGCUGAGCACUUGCGAAUGGUGCUGCAUGGACUUCGAAAAGACCAUGACCCUCUGGAAUCAAGCUGGAAGGUUGAAUCGAAAGACAUGGUGACGCUUCACCAAGUCACUGACUGCAGAUCCCUGAAGGAUCACCUUGUGCAAGUUUCUGGAGGCGAAGUGAAUGACAAGAGAUUGGCGAUCGACAUAUGUGGAAUGCGGCAAAUGAUCUGGCGAGAGAAUGGGCAAAGCUAUGGCGAUACGAUGCUGAAUGAGAAACCGCCUGAGAAUGGAACAACGCGUGCAACCGAAUCCUGGCUGACAGGUACCAACCGCCACAACGUGUGGCUCAAGCGCACCGGCCAAAACAGUGUGGGGUGA